UCUGACGACAACCCCACCACUGACGAACACCUCAACCUCCCCCAAGCUCCUGGCGACAGCAACACCGCACCUUCAACCUCAGCCUCACCACGUUCAAAUAAUUAUAUCCCGCCUCGGGCUGUCGCAAAGAUGGCCAACCCCCCACCCAUUGUCCUCGACGGCGGUACCGGUUUCCUCAAGGUCGGAUAUGCCGCGCAGAACUUUCCCGAGCACCAGUACCCGUCCAUCGUCGGCCGGCCGAUCCUCCGGUCUGAGGAGCAGACGGACAGCGACCUGGUGAUCAAGGACAUCAUGUGCGGUGACGAGGCCGCCGCGGCCCGAACGAUGCUUCAGAUCAGCUAUCCCAUGGAGAACGGAAUCGUCAAGAAGUGGGAUGAUAUGGAGCACCUCUGGGAUUAUACCUUCUUUGAGAAGCUCAAGGUGGAUCCCCAGGGCCAGAAGAUUCUCUUGACAGAGCCGCCGAUGAACCCGCUCAAGAAUCGGGAGAAGAUGUGCGAGGUCAUGUUUGAUCGAUAUGGAUUCGGAGGUGUUUACGUUGCCAUCCAGGCCGUCCUGGCACUGUACGCGCAAGGUCUGAGCUCUGGUGUUGUCGUCGACUCGGGUGAUGGUGUCACACACAUUGUCCCCGUUUACGAAUCCGUGGUCCUCAACCACCUUACAAAGCGAUUAGAUGUUGCCGGCCGAGACGUGACGCGCAACCUGAUCAAGCUGCUCCUGCGCCGCGGCUACCCCCUCAACCGAACCGCCGAUUUCGAGACUGUCCGCCAGAUCAAGGAGAAGCUAUGCUACGUGUCAUACGACCUGGAGCUGGACAAGCGCCUGAGCGAGGAUACCACUGUGCUUGUGGAGGAUUACACCCUGCCGGACGGACGUGUGAUCCGCGUGGGUAGCGAGCGAUUCGAGGCGCCCGAGUGUCUGUUCCAGCCUCACCUUGUCGAUAGCGAGUCACCCGGCCUGGGCGAGUUCCUGUUCAACACGAUCCAGUCUGCCGAUGUUGACAUCCGCUCGUCCCUGUUCAAGGCGAUUGUCCUGUCUGGCGGCAGCAGCAUGUACCCUGGACUCCCGUCGCGACUGGAGAAGGAGCUGAAGCAGCUGUGGCUCACGCGGGCGCUGCAGGGCAACCCGGAGCGUCUGAGCAAGUUCAAGGUGCGGAUAGAGGAUCCCCCGCGACGGCGACACAUGGUGUUCCUGGGUGGUGCGGUGCUGGCCAACAUCAUGGCGGACAAGGAGAGCAUGUGGGUUACCAAGGCGGAGUGGGAGGAGCAGGGACCGCGGGUGCUGGAGAAGCUAGGACCGCGAUAG